GGGAGGUGGAUAAGAUGGAGGGAUAUCGGGUCGAUGCCGGCAACGAGGCGGUCUGGACGAGUCUGGCACAGCGGGUUGUUCGGGUUCCCAGGGACUUCAUCCCCACUCUCCGCCUCCAUCUGCCCGCCGUCGUUCUCCCGUUCAUCUCGCCUGCCACGUUCAUCUGCAGGAUACCACCCCGACCUGCAGAUAUCGCCCAGGCUCCUCCCCGAGCAACUCGGAGUUGGUUCGCCCUCGAUCACUCCCCUCUUUGCAAACAAGCUGCUGCGACCCAUCCCUUGACACGAUGGCUGGCUCUCGUCCAGGCACACUUCGCUCUAAUAUCGCCAACCUGGCGUCUGAUCUCCAGAUCUCAAGGGAAUGCGCCCUGCUCGGCAACUAUGACACGUCGCUGGUGUAUUUCGAAAGCAUCAUCCAAACCAUCCAUCUCCACUCGAAGACCGUUUCCGAUCCGACACUGAGGGAAAAGUGGAAUGAGCUCAAGCAAAACCUCACGACCGAGUUCCAGCUCGUGAAAGACAUUAGCCUGGAGAUAUCUGGAUUCAAGCAAGAACGCCACUCUCGCUCCGACCCUCGGCCCAAGAGCUCUGCCGCCGACGACGGGCCUGCACCGUACGAUAAGGAUGUAUGGGCUGCACCUCCGAAGAAGGCUGCUCCUGCAGCCAAAAAGCGGACAGAUAACGAAGACGGACUCCCUGGCUGGGCCAAGGGCUCCCAAACGACAUCGACCCGAGCCACCGGUCUCAUGAAGGCUGGCAAGGCAUCGCAAUCUGAUCUCAAAUCCAAAGCCAAGACCAGUAUUGCCGGAAAACCGCCGGCCAGAAGCGCUGGUGCGGGCCAAUCGGUGUCGCCGAGCAUGCCAAAGAAGCCUGUGAAGAAGGCAGCCGGCCCGUCGCAGGCCAGUGCUUCGAGGGAAUCGAUCGACCGUGAAUCCAAGACCGAGAAAUCAGCGGAGCAAGAGGAAGGCGAGGAGGGCAAUCAGCGGCCAGAAUUUGACCCAACGGGCUACGACAAAGACUUGGUGGAAAUGGUCAAGCGCGAUAUUCUGCAAACCAACCCGAACGUCCGAUGGAGCGACAUUGCCGGGCUGCGCGAAGCCAAGUCGCUGCUUGAAGAAGCAAUUGUCCUUCCACUCUGGAUGCCUGACUAUUUUCAAGGCAUUCGGCGCCCCUGGAAGGGUGUCUUGAUGACAGGCCCGCCGGGCACUGGCAAGACGUUGCUUGCAAAAGCUGUAGCGACAGAAUGCCAAACAACGUUCUUCAAUGUCACAGCGAGUAUGCUCACUUCCAAAUGGCGUGGAGACUCUGAAAAGAUCGUGCGGCUUCUCUUUGAGAUGGCCCGCCACUACGCACCCAGCACCAUCUUUAUCGACGAAAUCGACUCGCUGUGCAGCAGCCGUGGAGAAAGCUCAGAGCACGAGGCCAGCAGAAGAGUCAAGUCCGAAAUCCUGAUGCAAAUGGAUGGAAUCAGCGGGCUGUCGACCGGCAGCGCCGACGGAGCCAAUCCCAUCGUUAUGGUGCUGGGAGCCACGAACUUUCCGUGGCACAUUGACGAAGCACUGAGACGCCGUCUCGAGAAGCGAAUCUAUAUUCCUCUCCCUGAUAUGGAGAGCCGCCGCGAGCUGCUGCGGAUCAAUUUGCAGUCGAUCCCUGUCGGUGUCGACGUCAACAUGGACGACCUGGCCACACGGGUGGAAGGCUAUAGCGGCGCCGAUAUCACCAAUAUUUGCCGAGACGCCAGCAUGAUGAGCAUGCGCAAGAAGAUCCGAGGUCUUCCGCCAGACCAGAUCCGCAAGAUCCCAAAGGAGGAGCUCGAAGGCCCCACGAUGAUGGAAGACUUUUUGGCGGCCAUUGCCAAGAUCCAAAGCAGUGUCAGCCAGGCCGAUCUCAAGCGGUAUCAGGACUGGAUGGACGAAUUCGGGAGCGCCUAGACUGAACGAACCGGGAAGCUGGCCAUCGCCGCGCGACAGGGCGAUGUCCCCGCAAUCAACACGAUGCACUCUGGCCUUGGUCCUUG